UUUUCACAACAUUUUCGCGCGUAAACGCUUCAAACUAAAUAAGAGUGCUGCGAGUGCAAAAAAUAAUUCGGUGUCAUAUUUUUAUUUUUGAGUUCAUAUUUGUUUACGACAGCAAUUAAUAAAAAAAAACAAUAAAACGUGCCAAAUAAAACCAAAGUCAUGGCCACUUUAAUUGAGCAAAUGCUAACUAAAAUGGGGCUACGGGACGAGCCCAGUAUGCAAAGCAAGACGUUAGAAUUGUUGCGUAUUCUUGAGUUACGUUCAUCUAAUGCGCCACUACAGCUAAAUGAAUAUGCAAAAACAGUGCUCUGCGCGGAUAUUGCGACCACAGUAUUGGGCAUAGCUUGUGAUAUGGAGCAAAAUGUUAAGUUAUCCACUUUGCGCAAAUCACAUUACAACAAACACAAACGUAUGAUUGAAAAAAUCCUAGAUGUAAAUAAAAUCGUCGGUGUGAAUGACAUAUGUGUACAAUUAAAUAUAACUGAGGUUUCACAAAAGGCUGUAGAAUUAUUAGAAUUGUACAAAACUAUUAUGGCAAAAGAAAGCGCCAAUGAUGAAAAUGAUCUAAUCCAUCCUCAAUAUGCAGCAAUGGCUGUAUUCCAGGCUGCCAAAAUAUUAAAACAAAAAUCAUCAAAAGCGAAAAUAAUGAGUUUUAGCAAUUUGCGGCCAACUCAAUGGCAACAACUUGAACUGCGAUGGAAUAAAUUUUUAACCAAAUAUUAUAAAGAAACAUCUGAUAAAAAACAAAGGCUUCGUGUUGGAGAAUCUAAUGAAGAAACUGAAUCUCAUGCAGAGUUUUUAAAAUCGCAAAGUUGUGUAGAAAAUAAAAAACGUUUAGCAUCUUCUGUAGAGGAUUACGAACAAUGGAAAAAGCGAAUUUUGGCGAAGGCAGAGGAGCAGUUAAGGCAUCAACUAAGGCAUGAGCAACAAGAUGAACUUCGAAUUGAUAAAGAAAACCUAAUUUUAGGAAUGUAAAGUAUAAAUAAAGCGUAUGUUGACCUGGUUUCAAAGUAGAAGAUAUAUUUAAUAAUAGAUCUAUUAAAUGAAGGUUAUUUGA